AUGAUAAGAAAGCUGCCUGAGGAUGUUGGAAGGAAAAUCAAGGCCCAGAGGUCUGUCCAGAAUGCUUAUGUUGUUGUGAAGGAGUUGAUUGAAAACUCCAUUGAUUCUGGAUGCACAUGGAUAAGAAUACGAAUAGACGACGCCAUAACUGUCGAGGAUAAUGGAUGUGGAAUCAGCGACUUGAACGAGGUCGGAGUUGAGGGAUGUACUUCGAAGGAGUCCAUGGCAUAUUAUGUCCUGGGGUGUGUUGAUGUAGUGGAGAGGCCUUCAUAUGGGUUCAGGGGACAGGCCCUUAGCUGUCUUGCCGAGGUCUGCGACCUGGAAAUCAUCUCAAGGUCUGAGGGCCCAUUUGCAACCAAGAGAGACUUCUCAACAAAUACUGUUUCUAGGUGUGCUAGGGAAAGAGGUACGACUGUCCAUGUGAGGAACCUGUUUAAGAACUGCCCCAUAAGGAGGUCUGCGGGUGAGGGAAGCCUGAAAAAAGACUUGGCAAAGAUAUGCAAUUUGAUUGAAUCGUACCGCUGCGUUAACAAGAUAAACUUCACUCUGUUUCACAAGAGAAAGGUUCUUUUGAGCUGCGGAGGCUAUGAAACGCCAAGGGAGUACUUUGAGUCCAAUUAUCCUUCCUUUUUGGGGAGGUACAUGGAGGUGAGCAGCGGACAGAUGGAGAUUUUCAUGCUUCCUGUAUCUACCAAAGACCCAAAGCAGCUAAUGUUCUCUGAGAGGAGGCCGGUCUCCAACAAAAGGAUACUGAAUGCGAUAAAGAACGAGUUCAACCUGUACGUCGAAGGAAGCCCGACGUUUGUUCUGGUGAUAAAAGGGCAUGGAGAUGUAAAUGUAUCCACGGACAAGAGUGAGGUGAUAUUUGGGGAUGAGGCGGGGAUUCUAAGCCUCCUCAAGUCGGAAAUAAGUAGGUUCUUUUCGUCGGAGGCAUAUUUACACUUUGGAAGUACCGAGGUAAGCCGGAAGGGAUGCAUUUCGAAGAGAAGUGCUGUGGAGGAAAACAAUAGUGAGGAACGGGUGCCCAAGUCCUGUUCUGUGGAAAGUGAGGGUUUCCCUGCCAUAAAGCCUGCCAAGGCAGUUAGUUCUUUUGAAAGAAGUCCAAGGAGACGGGGCAUCACGCUGCAAGAAAAUGUAGAGGAUGGCAAGGAGCCAGUAACAGAAAGGCAGCUGCCUGUAGAGGAAGAGUACGAAAAAGGAGAGAAUGCUCCCACCAGCUCUUUUGGGGAUUUGAAAGACCCAGAGCCUUCUCCUGAGAUGGAGCAGGGAGAAGAAAAGCAUGAGGGCCAAGACAACUUUGCAACAGGCGCAUAUUCGUUUUUCAAGUAUGAUGACCUUGUCCAUCCAAAGAUUUCAUUUUCAAAGGGAGACUUCUCUAGGCUGGAGGUCAUAGGACAGUUCAACAAUGGAUUUAUCAUUUCGAAGCUAGAGAAAAACGGGAGUGUGUAUCUCGUGGCUGUGGACCAGCAUGCCGCAGACGAGAUCAAAAACUUUGAAAGCAUCAGGAAAACAUUCCGCAUGAAAAAGCAGAGUGUGAUAGUGCCUGUGAAGCUGGACCUUACUCCGAUUGAGGAAAUGGUUGUCAGCGACAAUCUAGAGCUGUUUGAAAGAAACGGGUUUGUCAUCAAGAACGGAAUGCUUGAGGCCAUUCCUGUAUACAAGAAUCAAGUGUUUGGAAUCAAGGAGUUCCGUGAAUUCCUCGAGAGCGUGAAGAAUGACGAGCACGAGUUCAAGAAGAUCCGGGACAUAGUUGCGUCAAAGGCAUGCAGAACAAGCGUAAUGAUAGGCGAUGCGCUUUCUAUAGCAGAUAUGAAAAGAAUAGUGAAAGGCCUGGCCUCUCUAGACAGGCCUUGGAAGUGCCCGCAUGGAAGACCUACAUUCAUGGUGCUGAAUGAGGCAGAAAUGUGA